ACUUGUCAUCUACACAACCAAAACACAAAACCCCCAAAAAAAAAAUUUAAUAAUUUUUCCACACACCAAAUCCAAAUCUCAACAAAAAUAAAUAAACUCAACACUUUUUAUUACAUAAAUAAAUUUGAAAACAGUCAAAUUAUCCCUCCUUCUUUAACCCUCUUUCCCUAUACCUUUUAUCUUCAAACUUUUUGUUUUCUCUAUUAACUUCUCCAAUGUUAACCCUUUCUUCUAAAUCUCAAACUUCUUCAUUCUUUUUUCUUCUUUUCAUAGUUACCCUUCAAUGUUAUAUAGCUUCUUCAGCUAUUCUAUACAGUUUGAAACACCACCACAACAAUUUCCACCAUCAAAGACCAAUGAUUCAUGCUAACCAAACAAACUGUGCAUUGUUUGUUGGAACAUGGAUUCCUGAUGACACUGACCCAUUUUACCAAUCUUCAAAUUGCCCCAUCAUAGAUCCACAGUUCAAUUGUAAAAUGUUUGGCCGGCCCGAUUCUAAUUACCUUAAAUAUAGAUGGAGACCACUUAACUGUGAGCUUCCAAGGUUCAAUGGAGUUCAGUUUUUGAUAGGAAUGAGAGGAAAAAGUAUUAUGUUUGUUGGUGAUUCUUUGGGGAGAAAUCAAUGGGAGUCAUUGAUAUGUAUGAUAUAUGCUGAUGUGCCUCAGUCACAAACACAACUUGUUAGAGGAGAACAACUCUCAACUUUCAGAUUCUUGGACUAUGGUGUGACCAUUUCAUUUUAUAAAGCUCCUUUUUUGGUAGAGGUUGAUGUGGUCCAAGGGAAGAGAGUUUUGAAGCUGGAGGAAAUUGAUGGUAAUGGGGAUGUAUGGAGGAAUGCUGAUAUCUUGUCCUUUAACUCUGGACAUUGGUGGACACAUCAAGGAUCUCUUCAAGGGUGGGAUUAUAUAGAAUUAGGAGGAAAAUACUACCAAGAAAUGGAUCGAUUAGCAGCUAUGGAAAGAGGUCUAAAAACAUGGGCUAAUUGGGUAGAAAAAAAUAUUGAUAAAAGCAAAACCAAAGUGUUCUUCCUUGGAAUUUCACCUUCACAUACCAACCCAAAUGAAUGGAGUUCAGGAGUAACAACAAUAACAUCAAAAAAUUGCUAUGGUGAAACAGCACCAAUCAGUGGCACAGGCACAUCAUAUCCUGGUGUAUAUCCUGAACAAAUGAAGGUCAUAGACAUGGUGAUUAGAGAAAUGAACUAUCCUGUUUAUCUUCUUGACAUUACAAUGUUAUCAGCAUAUAGAAAAGAUGGACAUCCUUCCGUUUAUAGCGGCGAUUUGAGUCCUCAACAAAGAGCUAAUCCUAGUUACUCUGAUUGCAGUCAUUGGUGUCUUCCUGGAUUACCUGAUACUUGGAAUGAAUUGUUCUAUACUACAUUGUUCUACUAAACUAAAUUUUGUGUUUUAAUUACUAGUAACUAAAUUAACACAAUUUCUUCUUACUAUUUAUAAGUAGGUAAUGCAUUUAUUGAGAGGGUUGCAUGAUUGAAAUUUGCAACUGUUUCAUAUGUAAAAAUAUAUGCUAAUCAUGUUAUUUAAAGACAUAUUUUCAAAGAGAAUUAGACAAAUUCGGCUUA